AUCAGAUCAAAUCAAACCGUGACGAGAAAAAAAAAACAUGGGUUCGAAGACAUCAUCACAAAUGGUUGCUCUUCUCUUAUCUCUUCUUAUUCUGAUUUUCACUCUUUCCUCUCAAGUUAGAAUCGUCGAGGCUAAAAGCCGCAAACUUGCAAACGGAAGGCCAAUUGUGUGGACUCCUGCAUCUAGAUCAUGUGGAGCUUCCCAUGCAUCAUGGAAGAAGAAUCACGGACCUUGCAAACGUCCUCCGAGAACAGCUCCUGCUUCUUACAACUCUCCAUAAGACCAUAAAACACAGUUUUCGUUUUUUUUUUUGGAAUCUUGGGUUGGUGUGAAACAAAUAAAGUGUCUGGUUUUCUGAUUUGGUUUCUCAUCCGAAUGUGUGAAAUAAUGUGUACGGUUAAUUGAUGAAGUAUGCAACUCCAUAAAACCUAUUUUCGAUUGUGUAGAUACUCAAAUAUAUAUUUAGCAAACUUCACAA